UAUACACCCAAUACACCAUCACCCCACCCUCCUCUCUCUCUAAAGUCAGCGCAGCAGUUCACGGUGGAGCUAGACCAAAAAAAUUAAAAUAAAUAUUCUUGUAACUAUGGAUGAUGCAUGGGAUUUGCAUGCGGUGGUGAGGAGCUGCACAGCCAUGAAUGCUGCCGCGGUGAACGCCAUCACUGCGGAGGAUUAUGAUGAUGUUUGUUAUAGCCCGGAAAGUUUAGCCUCUGGAUGCGAAAGUAACCCGUUUGCGUUUUCGACUCCAGGUAACGUUUCUGGUGGAUUAGAGGAUGUUUACAAAGCAGGAUGUGGUCUGCCACUGCCCACAAGCGGAGAAACCACCUCCACCAUUGCCACUUGUAUCGAUGGUGAAGGAUUCUGUCACGAACAGUUAACAGAUUCUCAUGAUUCCUUUUCCAUGAGUUCUCAAUCCACACGUCCUAGAAAAAGGAAAAACCAGGAGAAGAGGGUGUUUCAAUUGACACAAGAGCAGCUAAGUAAUGAUUUGUGGGCAUGGAGGAAAUAUGGGCAAAAACCUAUAAAAGGCUCCCCUUUUCCAAGAAAUUAUUACAGGUGUAGCACAACAAAGGCUUGUGGGGCAAAAAAACAAGUGGAACGAAGUCUCAUGGAUUCAACCAUCUUUAUUGUUUCUUACUCCGGCGAACACAUUCACCCUCGACCUACUCAUCGGAGUUCCCUUGCUGGCACUACCAGGAGUAAUAAAUUCAAUACCAAUAAUAUUAUCAAUCCACCUCUCUCUAGCAACACAAUUGUCCCCCUAAUUGACCACCCUCCAUGUUCCUCCUCUUCUCCAGCGUCUACUUCGAGCUUUUCUCCGACGACCUCGUUAAAGGAAGAUCAAUAUGAAAUAAACGACGAAGAAUGCGGUGAAGGUGUCCAUAUUCCGGAUGUUUUCAUGAAUAAAGACGUUUUUACGAAGAUCCAAAACCUGAAUGGUAGAUUUUAAGGGUAUAAUGGAAAACUUCACCUAAUAGUAAUAAAGUUUUUCAAAUGUUCCAAUAAAUUCAUUUAAAACCAUAAAUAUUUGGAAAAAAUCACAUAAAGUUUUUCAAAUGUUCUAAUAAAGUCAUUUAAAAUCAUAAGUUUUUGAAAAAAAAUUACUAGAU